AGCAGCCAGACUAAUGAGCCUCUCCAGUAUCGCGUGUCCCCAUCCGAUAUGGAAGUUGCAGUGAAGACAUUGCAUGCCCGAGACCAUUCCGCGAUGAUCGAUGUGAAGAAGUUCUACAAACGACAAACCGACACCUUGAAAAAGAUGGCCAGCCUCAACCACGCUAACUUGAUCUCGGCCAUUACAGCCUACACGAAGGAAGAUGAGCAUUGCUUUGUCUUCCCGUGGGCUCACGGGGGCAACCUUUGCAAAUUCUGGCAAGAGUAUAAGGGCCCACGGGGCAGUGACUUGACCAAAUGGGCUCUCUCGCAAAUCAUCGGCCUCACGACAGGCCUGGAAAUGCUCCACAAAGACAACGUCCGGCACGGCGACGUCAAGCCGCAGAACAUUCUCCAUUUCUGCACGGGCGAUAGGACCGAGUCGCUUGGGACGCUGGUCCUCGCCGAUGUCGGUCUCGCCAAGUUCCACGUGGAUCACACCCGCGACCGGGAACAGAUCACCAGUACUAGGCAUGGUACCGUCGACUAUGAGCCGCCGGAGCCCCUAAAUCAGCAAAUCUCGCGGUACUACGAUAACUGGUCGCUGGGCUGUGUCAUCUUGGAGUUUGUGAUCUGGCUCCUCUACCGUUCUGACGGCCUCGACAGCUUUCACAAGGACCUUAAGGGUGACAAUAAGCACAAGAGAUUUUGGGCACCUGUGCUGGGAACCAAGAAAGAUCUUCAUCCGAAGGUUCGUCUCUGGAUCAGCAAGGUCAAGGAGGAUUCACACAGCGACUCUGUUGUCUGGCAACUGGCCGAUUUAGCCAAGACAAGUCUGCUUGUUGAUAUCGAUCGUCGCACCGAGGAGAACCAAAAUAUGAUAAAAAAACUCAAAACUAUCGAAACUCAUUUCCAAGGGCGCAACAGCGAUGAAUGGGAAUUUCCAGCUGAUUUCGUUACCUCUCCUAGUUUCGAAACUGACGCAAUGCGGCCCGGCUUUGUAGAAUCCAGUAAGUUCAAAGAAUCACGAAAGGAUGAUAGCGAGCUAACAUACUUUGUAGAGCCAGAUGAUGACCAUCAGCCACCCACGGCGGUUGGGCUUCCGAUCCUUCCCACUAUAGCCAGCACUCAGCAAUUCAACUUACUCAAGGAGUGGAUUCGGAUUUGUGACGAUAGCCAUGAUUGCAUCUCGGCUCCUGAAAACCUCAGAGAUGCUGUAAACGGUAUGCCCACGAGAGUCCUGUUCGUCGGGAAAGAUAAGAACUCGACAAUCCGCCUCGUCGACUCCAGCGAUCUGCCACAGCAACAUUAUGUUGCCCUCAGCCAUCGCUGGGGUGACCUCAAGGAGCACGAAAAGCUCUGCACACUUGAAGAGAAAAUUGACCAGGAUGGGAAUAUUGAGCAGGAUGGGAAUGUUAACCAGUUUAGACUUGAGGUCCCGUUCACGUUUCUCCCAAAGAAUUUCCAGGAUGCAGUAACGGUCACCCGAGCCAUUGGCGUACAAUGUCUCUGGAUAGACUCACUGUGCAUCAUUCAGAACAGUGCCUUAGACUGGGAGGCAGAAUCCGUCAGGAUGGAGGACGUGUAUAGCGAGGCGUAUUGCUUCCUGGCCGCCACCUCUGCCUCCUUCUCGGCCGUGGGAUUUCUCAACGAGAGAGAGCCACGGCCUUGUGUCACUGUUACAACGCCGGGGGGGCCGCUGUACCUGUCCAAAGCGAUUGACAACUUCCAGGAGGAUGUCUCUGAAGGUCUCUUGAACACUCGCGGCUGGCCCCAGUCUCAGUUCCUCGCCGACGCCCAUUUCCCCCGAUCUGGCUUGCUCUACUACAAGGACGAGCGAAUCCGACUCGUUCAGCACCUCUACGAGAUCUACAGCGCACUCAACCUGACAAGAAUCAAAGAUCGGCCCAUCGCUAUCUUGGGAAUCGAGACGAGACUCGCUCGCGUGUUCGAGACCAAUGCCAAACUCGGCGUUAUUGGCAAAUUCCUCCUCAGGAUGCUCCUCUGGCACGCAGCCAAAAAGUAA